UGGGGAUGACUCCAGUGGACUUAAAAAUCAUCAUCUGUGCAAUCUUAGUACCCACAUCGGAGCUGUAUCGUUCGCGUUGAAGCUGCUCAGCCUAAGUUAGCCUAGCCUAGAUCGCUAACAACAAAACCUGUGUGUAUUCUAAUAUUUAACUGAGCUGAACUAAUAUUUAACGUCAAACGUUUGUACUUACACGACCGGCAAAACCUAUGUUUCGUUUACAACGAGGACCGUGAGUACUUAGUAGGGAGUUGGGCAAGUAGAAACGUCCACUUAAACUUGCUUAUACGCCCAGACCACCUUAGCUUAGCUGGCUAACAACGAAACGCGUUUGUGGUCAAACCGUGCUGUUGAACAAACAUCGAACAUCUGAUUUCCCAGCUUCUGGAGCCUGUGGUUGACCCCUGGUUGGAGCGAGAGGCGUGCUACGACUCCAUCCACGUUCCCGAGUCGUACAUCGGACCGCGACUGUCGUUUCCCCUCUCCGUGUCGGACACAAACGCACUCCUCGGCGCCUUCAAAGAUCAGCAGACUCUCCACCCCAGAUACGUGCUGCAGCUACUUUACGAGACCAAGAAGCUCCUCCAACAGAUGCCCAACGUCGUCCAGCUGUCGACGUCGUACACCACGGAGAUCACGGUGUGUGGUGAUCUUCACGGGCGACUUGAUGACUUACUUCUUAUAUUUUACAAGAACGGCCUUCCUUCCGCUGAGACGCCGUACGUGUUUAACGGAGACUUUGUGGACCGUGGGAAAAAGUCCAUCGAGGUGGUGAUCCUGCUAUUUGCUUACCUGCUACUUUACCCUGACUACAUGCAUCUGAACCGAGGAAACCACGAAGACCACAUCAUGAACCUCAGAUAUGGAUUUACAAAAGAGGUCAUGCAGAAGUACAAGGCAAACGGUUGCGAGAUUUUGCAGCUUUUUCAGGACGUCUUCAGUCUUCUGCCCGUGGCCACGGUGAUAGACGGGAAGGUCCUAAUCGUUCACGGGGGCAUAUCCGAUCAGACCGACCUAGACUUCCUCAGUGUCCUUGACCGGCAUAAGGUCAAAUCUGCCCUGAGGCUUCCCAGACGCAGUUUGGACCAGCUGGACAUCGCUCAGUCCCUAAAACAGAUCAAAAGAAUGAGAUCCACGGACGCAUCGCGCAGUCACGCUAAAAGCCAAAGAACGCCCAACUCGAGACGAAGUCGCUCCAGAAUGAGCCGGCGAGACAGCUCGGCCUCCACUUCUUCCUCGUCUUCCUCCUCCUCCUCCUCGUCUUCCUCGCUCCACUCGCCGCAAACUCCCUCGUGCUUCUCGCCCAAUCCGUUCCCGUCUUCUCCCAAUCCGCCGUACAACGUCAACAUCCUCCAAGUGCCUUUCCUGGAUUCCGCCGUGUCCGUUCCGCCUCCGUUGCCCCCGCAAAGCGAGCAGGAAUGGAAACAGAUUGUCGACAUACUUUGGAGUGACCCCAAAACCCAAGAAGGCUGCAGCCCAAACACAUUCAGAGGCGGCGGCUGCUACUUUGGCCCCGACGUCACGCGGCGAUUGCUGCUCCAGCACGGCCUGCAGCUGAUUAUCAGAUCCCACGAGUGCAAACAGGAAGGUUACGAGCUGUGUCACGGCGGACAGGUGAUCACCAUCUUCUCUGCGUCCAACUACUACGAGGAGGGAAGCAACCGAGGCGCCUACGUCAAACUGGGGAGGGAUCUGACGCCGCGCUUCUACCAGUACCAAGUCAGCCGCUCAACACGCAAACUCACGUUGACUCAAAGAGUUCGAGUCGCUGAGAGUUCCGCUCUCAGGGCCCUAAAGGAGAAAGUGUUCGCCCAUCGGUCCGACCUCAUUUCAGGCUUCCAGAAGUAUGACCACAACAAAACCGGGAGUGUGACGGUCAGCGAAUGGGCUCAGGUGCUGGGCACCGUCCUGAGGUUGGACCUGCCGUGGAGGACGCUGUGCCCGCGUUUAGCUCAUCUGACAUCAGACGGCAACGUGGACUAUAAGUCCUGCUUUGAGGAUAUGGGACCGGGGAUUCAGCUGCCUCAGGUCACACCAAACCUGGCAGAGACUCUGUUUCGAUACAGGACCGACAUUGAGAUCAUAUUUAACAUUAUCGACAAAGACCAUUCAGGUCUCAUUUCCAUCGAAGAGUUUCGUCAUACCUGGCGGCUCUUCAGCGCUCACCUGGGCGUGGACAUCGCCAACGGGGCCAUUGACGACCUGGCCCGGAGCAUCGACUUCAACAAGGACGGCAGCAUCGACUUCACGGAGUUCCUGGAGGCUUUUCGAGUGGUGCACAAGCUGGACAACAAGGAUCAGCAACUCAAGACAGACGGAGAGUAGACGGCAGAACUUUUGUUCAUAGGUGGUUGUUUUGUUUGUUUUUUUUA